UAAAGAGCAUAAUUGAGGCGUCUUUUUGUGUGUGUGUGUGCAUGUACCAUGGUAUUAUUUUUUAGAAAAUUAGAGUGCCACAUGAAUCAGAAAUUAGUUCAUAAAUUUGUGUCUAAGAGGGCAAAUCACUGAUUCAACUUGUAGUAUCAAGACCAAGGGAAUGCAUGAAUGUGAUUUAAUAUUCUAAAGCACAGACAGUCUGCUUGUCAUUAUACACACACACACACACACACACACACACACAGAGAGUCUCAGUGUGCAGCAUAAUAAGAGUCACAAGUGCUGAAGCAGCUCAAACUGAGCACUCGUCCAUCCAGUUUCGGACCAGCGUGCAUCAGUCCAUCCCGACAGCAGGAGCAGCAGGAGUAAAUAUGCAUGUUUUGGGUCUGUUUAUGGUGGUGUCUGUGUUCAUCAGCACUGGAUCUGCUUCAGAUGAUCAGAUGGAGCUAGCAGCUUUACUGCGCAGCGUCUCUUCAGCAGCACUGAUCCGAGAUCAGCCGCUCACCGGCCCACAGACUGCUGCUGCCGGACCCAAGCUGCUGAUUAAAGACGGGCUCAUCCAGGGCCUGAUGCUGGACAAGUCCUAUGUGUUUUAUGGGAUCCCGUUCGCAGAUCCUCCUGUGGCGGCGUCCCGCUGGAAACCGCCCCGUCCUGUCACGCCGUGGAGAGGGGUGCAUGAUGCCACCUAUCCCAGAGCGGCGUGCAUGCAGGCCUGCAUCGGACCCAUUGCUGACGAGUGUCCCAAGAAGGUGAGUGAGGACUGUCUGUACCUGAACGUCUUCGUUCCUCUGAGUGUGAAUCUGGCGGCUCCGCUGCUGAAGCUGCUGCCGGUGAUGCUGUGGAUCCACGGCGGGGAUUUCAUCGCGGGCUCCGCAUCCAAACAGCUCUACGACGGCCGUUACAUCAGCAACUUCACGCAGACGCUGGUCGUGAGCGUCGCCUACCGCCUGGGCGCGUUCGGCUUUCUAGUGUCAGGAAAAGACCCAUGGACUUCCGCCGCGGGGAAUUAUGGGAUUCUGGACCAGCAGGCGGCGCUGCUCUGGGUCCAGCAGAACAUCGCGGUGUUUGGAGGAGACCCGAGCAGGGUGACUCUGUUCGGCGAGAGCGCCGGCGCUCAGUCAGUCAGUCUUCAUCUGAUGAUCCAGAGCAGUGAAGCGCUCUUCAGACAGGCCGUUUUCCAGAGCUUACCCUUCUCCAUUCCUCUGAAAACACGGCACGAGUCUCUGAAGCUCGGGAAGAACUUCGCUAAAUCAGCAAACUGCUCAGUUCUGGAGCUGCCGUGUCUUCAGUCUCUGAGUCCUCAGGAGGUGCUGAACGCACAGAUCAAAUCCAGCUCAAAGGUGCUGAAUCCCUUCCGCUUUCUAGAGCAGUUUGAGAGCUGGGGGCCGUAUGUGGACGGAGAGCUGAUCAGAGAGCAGGCGGUCAGUGCCUUCCUGAAGGGACACUGGCAGAAGGACAAGCCCGUGCUGCUCGGGACCACCUCAGAAGAAGGAGUGAUCUUUGUGUACGGCGUCUUCAUGAAGCCCGUGUCAGCGGUCGAGUGCACCGUCUACACCACGGCCAUCUUCAAACAACACGCCAUCAAAAUCCUGCGCAAAUACCUGCCGCUGUACAGCGCCGCAGACCGCAGGGACAUGCUGGCACAGAUUGUGACUGACUACAUCUUCCUGUGUCCGUCGCGGAGGUCGGCUCGCGCCGGCGUGGCGUCUGGGAGCUCGGUGUGGAUGUACGUGUUCGAUCACGUGGCGAGCGAUCCUGGCGUGUGGUCGGGUCUGACGUUCUGUUACCGUCACGCGUGUCACGGCGCAGAGCUGCCGUUCGUGUUCGACUCGGCGCCGGUGGCGAACCUCAGCAUGACUCCGGCGGAGCGGCUGCUGUCCAAUCGGAUGCUGUGUUACUGGGGCGCGUUCGCUCACACCGGCGACCCCGGAUCUCACGCCGACUCCAGCGCGUUCUGCCGACAGCAGCGUCCGCCGGCGUGGCCGCGCUACACGGCUAACAGCGGCUGGCUGAUCAUGAACCUCACGCUGCAUUCACACGCGCAGACCGGAUCGCGCGAAGACAUCUGCGACUUCUGGGACACGCUGGGAAUCUAUCCAUAG